UUUAUAAUCUUUAAAAACUAUAGUGUAAAAGUUUAUUUCAAGAAGUGUUAGCCAUGGCCAUCUCCAAAUUUCUUCUUGUUACUAUGGUUUUGAUUUCUCUAUUUGUUUUUUGUCUUGUGGAAGCUGAUGAUGAUGAUGGUGACGGUGACAAUCAAGUGGUGUACACGGCUGGACCAGAGGGUGCUAACAACCCUACUUACAUCCCUACAUCAGAAUGUGGGACAGCAUGUGAGGCAAGAUGUAGUCUAGCUUCAAGGCAUAAAAUGUGUUUGAGAGCAUGUGGGACUUGCUGCACUCGUUGUAACUGUGUGCCUCCUGGCACCUCUGGGAACCAAGAUCUUUGCCCUUGUUAUCGUGACAUGCUCACUCAUUAUGGCAAGCAUAAGUGUCCCUAAAUAUAUAUAUAUAUA